AUGUCUGACUCCUCAGUAUAUUUUGACCCUAAUGCCACAACUCCGCUGUCUGAUGUUCUCAACAACUCUGCAGUAUCUGCUGUUAUUGGUGAGAUAGAGAAGGCAACCAUCCACAAAAACAUCAAGCAUGCUGUCCACUCAACUGUCCAGGAUCUGGAGCAGCAGGGAAAGGAAUGGGACUAUAAUGUCAGGUUCAUCUUACACGAGAACAGUCAACCUCACUGGUCAUGCUGUACAGCUUACAUUACAGUUACAGCCUCUACCAUAUGUACAGCUUACAUCAGAGAUACAACAGAUACAGUCUACAUUACAGAUACAGCCUACAGCACAGAUACAUCCUACAACACAGAUACAUCCUACAGCACAGAUACAGCCUACAACACAGAUACAUCCUACAACACAGAUACAUCCUACAGCACAGAUACAGCCUACAUCACUGAUACAGCCUACAACACAGAUACAGCCUACAGCACAGAUACAGCCUACAUCACUGAUACAGCCUACAACACAGAUACAGCCUACAGCACAGAUACAGCCUACAACACAGAUACAUCCUACAGCACAGAUACAUCCUACAACACAGAUACAUCCUACAGCACAGAUACAGCCUACAUCACUGAUACAGCCUACAACACAGAUACAGCCUACAGCACAGAUACAGCCUACAACACAGAUACAGCCUACAACACAGAUACAUCCUACAACACAGGUACAGUCUACAACACAGAUACAGCCUACAGCACAGGUACCUCCUACAGCACAAAUACAGCCUACAGCACAGAUACAUCCUACAACACAGAUACAUCCUACAGCACAGAUACAGUCUACAUCACUGAUACAGCCUACAACACAGAUACAGCCUACAGCACAGAUACAGCCUACAACACAGAUACAGCCUACAACACAGAUACAGCCUACAGCACAGAUACAUCCUACAACACAGGUACAGUCUACAACACAGAUACAUCCUACAUCACAAAAAUACAGCCUACAGCACAGAUACAGUCUACAGCACAGGUACAGCCUACAGCACAGAUACAUCCUACAACACAGAUACAUCCUACAGCACAGGUACAGCCUACAGCACAGAUACAGCCUACACCACUGAUACAGCCUACAGCACAGAUACAUCCUACUGCACAGAUACAUCCUACAGCACAGGUACAGUCUACAACACAGAUACAGCCUACAUCACUGAUACAUCCUACAUCACUGAUACAGCCUGCAACACAGAUACAGCCUACAGCACAGGUACAGCCUACAGCACAGAUACAUCCUACUGCACAGAUACAGCCUACAGCACAGGUACAGCCUACAACACAGAUACAUCCUACAGCACAAGUACAGCCUACAACACAGAUACAUCCUUCAACACAGAUACAGCCUACAACAUAG